UCAUUGAAGUGUCUCAUCUUACAAAUAUGAUCACUUUAGUGUCAUCCUGGUGCACACAUUACUUUUUGCUAUUAUAUCUCUUCUGCACUAGAUUUGUAUAAAGUGAAUCAAGCUAUGGAGGUAGUUUGCAUGAGUACAAUGGCCACCGUGAUGGUGAUUAUAUUGAGCAUUAUGAGAAUAUAUUUCUGGAAAGGGCCGCUGAAUUGGCCAGUAGUGGGUAUGAUGCCUUGGCUGCUAUGGCAUUUAGGUAAUAUUUAUGACCAGAGCGCCAAAAUGGUUCUUGAGAAUGGGAAGAGUUUCAUAGCUAGAGGCCCCUGGUUUAUGAGGAACACUCUGUUCGAAGUAGUCACAUUUAGUCCCGAUAAUUUAGAGUAUAUUAUGAAAGAGAAUUUUAGCAAUUUCCCUAAAGGACCCUAUUUCAAGGAAGUAUAUUUUAGCACAUUUGGCCAUGGUUUAUUUACCUCAGAUGAUGAACUGUGGAAGCGCCAAAGAAAGCCAGCGGCCAUGGCAGUAAGCAGCAGCAAAUUUAGAGACAGGAAUUUAAGUCUUUUGCAGAAAGCUCUGCAGGAGAAACUUUUGCCAUUUCUUGAAGAAGUAAAAGAGAAAAAAGCUUCGGUUGAUCUGCAACAUGUCCUCCUUCAGUUUAGUACGGAUAAUAUCUUUCUGGCUACGCUUGGGAGGGAAGCAACAAGUGAAACUUUCUCUUCAGCCUUUGAUGAAGCUAUUGAAUGCUGCACUUACCGUUUUGUCUGCCCUUCAGUUAUAUGGAAGGCUAUGAGAUUUUUUAACUUGGGUUUUGAGAAGAGGUUGAGAGCAGCUGAAGCAAUAGUACGAGACUCUGUAGCAGAGAUGGUGAAGGCUAAAGUUAGGGAGGUGGAGCAAGGUAAUGAAUCGCAGGGAGACAUAUUGUCCACCUUCAUCAAAUUGGAAGGAGAUCAAGGACGCACUCCUCCCCAGCAUUUGUUGGAGGGAUUCACCAUGAGCAUAUUUCUUGCGGGUAAAGAUACUACUGCCUUGGCAAUGUCAUGGUUCUUUUGGCUUAUAAGUAUGCACCCACAUGUAGAAGAGAAAAUAGUCUCUGAACUCUCCCAGAUUUUGAACUCAAAACAUUUGAGCAAUGUAUAUGAUACGGUGGGGGUUUUUGGUUGGGAAGAAUUGAGAAGCAUGAACUAUUUGCAGGCUGCUUUGUCUGAAUCUAUGAGGCUUUACCCUCCUGUUCCUGCGGUUUUCAGAGAAGCAAAAAUUGACAACGUUCUACCAGAUGGAACUCAUGUUAAGAAAGGCACAAAGUGUGUGUUGUUCAUUUAUGCCACUAAUAGAAUGGAAAGUAUAUGGGGGAAGGAUGCCCUUGAAUUCAAGCCUGAGAGAUGGAUUACUAAAGAGGGGAUCUGUAUGAACCAGAGCGAUUACAAGUAUCCCGUGUUUAUUGGAGGUCCUAGGAUAUGCAUUGGGAAAGAUUUUGCCUAUGUAAACAUGAAAUGCAUAGUUGCCAAUAUCCUUGCACGCUAUCGAGUGAAAAUUGAAGCUGGUCAUCAAGUGAAACCUAAGCUUGGGGCCACUCUAUUCAUGAAGCAUGGCCUCAAAGUCACCCUCCAUACCAGAAAUGGUAUUCUACAGUAAAACAGUAUUAAUUCAUAUAUUUGUAUAGAUCACGGAUCUUAGACAGCUAAAACUCCUGUUAUUUUCUUAGUUAAAUAGAGCCUUUGCAAAUAUAGUCAUAUAGUCUAGCCUUUAGGUAGCAUCUAUAAAAUGAGUUGCUUUAAAUAGAACAUCUUAUAUCUAUGCUAUUUUGUAAUUAGAUUUGUAUCAAGAAAAUUCUUAAUGUAAUAUAUCAGUAAUUGGUAUAUUUUUCUAUUU